CGUGAUACGGAUCAUGGCGGCCGGCGCGGCCGUAGCCCUGGCCCUGUGGCUACUCCUGCCAGCAGUAGGAGUGGGAGAGGCGGGGCCGCCGCCCAUUCAGGACGGCGAGUUUACAUUUCUGCUUCCCGCAGGGAGGAAGCAAUGCUUUUACCAGUCCGCGCCGGCCAAUGCUAGUUUAGAGACCGAGUACCAGGUGAUUGGAGGUGCGGGGCUGGAUGUGGACUUCACCUUGGAGAGCCCUCAGGGUGUGCUGUUGGUCAGUGAGUCUCGAAAGGCUGAUGGGGUGCACACGGUGGAGCCUACUGAGGCCGGGGACUACAGGCUAUGCUUUGACAAUUCCUUCAGUGCCAUCUCAGAGAAGCUAGUGUUCUUCGAGCUCAUCUUUGACAGUUUCCAGGAUGAGGAAGAGGUGGAAGGUUGGGCUGAGGCUGUGGAGCCAGAGGAGAUGCUUGAUGUCAAAAUGGAAGACAUCAAGGAAUCCAUAGAGACUAUGAGGACCCGGCUGGAACGGAGCAUCCAGAUGCUGACUCUGCUACGAGCCUUUGAGGCACGUGAUCGGAACCUUCAGGAAGACAACCUGGAGCGGGUCAACUUCUGGUCAGCUGCCAAUGUGGCUGUGCUGCUGUUGGUGGCUGUCCUGCAGGUCUGCACACUCAAGCGCUUCUUCCACGACAAGCGUCCUGUACCCACGUAGCCCCGGCCACAGAGGAUGAGUGAAACAGUGGAGGCCCUCAGGCCUGUGUGACUUGUGGAGACCUCCCCAGACUCAGAGAGGACCCCAUGUAUCCAUCCCUUCCUGGGUGAGCAGGGAGUGUGAGUGGAUUGCAGACCCCUUGGAUGGGGAGGCUCAGCACCAGUGCCUGUUCCUCGGAAGCUGAAGUGUUAGGUGCUGCAGUGUGGGGCUAUAUGGCUCACAGAUGCCCUGGUUUCUCCUGAUAUCUAUCGUGCCUUAGCUUAAGUCUUCCAGCCAUCAGGAUGGGUCAAGCUGUGCGGCUGUCCCUGGCCCUUACCCCAGCUGGACACACCCCACCUGCAAUGUCUCUGCU